GAGGAGGAGGAGGUGGAGGUGAUAUUUAAGCCAGUGGUAAACUCUCUCCUCAUCCAUCUCUGCCUUGACUCUCUCUCCCUCGCCACCGCAUCCAACACCGACGAAGGACGCCGUCCAUCAGAACUCAGUCUCCCCACGUCUCAUCGCAGCAGCAGCAGCAACGCGGAGAUGCCUGACACAAUCAUGUCCAAGGAGCCCACUUCCAACCUGGAAAGUGCCAUGCAGAUGCUCAUCAAAACCUUCCACAAGUACUCGGGGAAGGAAGGCGACAAGUACACGCUCAGCAGGGCGGAGCUGAAGGAGCUGCUGCUGGAGGAGCUGGGCAGUUACUUAGGGCACUCCAAAGAUAACGAGACGGUGGAAAAGAUCAUGACCGACUUGGACGCCAACAACGACGGCGAGGUGGACUUCACCGAGUUCAUCAUCCUGAUGGGCGCCCUGACGGUGGCCUGCAACGACUUCUUUCUGGAGUUCAAGACGGACGACAAGCCCACGGGCGGCGAGGCGGCGGAGUAGAGUCACUGAGUCAGGGAGAGGGGGCUGAUGGAACGGAACGGGGAGGGAAGGGGGGGGGGGGGGGGUUGUAAAUCAGACGAGAGGAGGAGGCGGAUGAAUUUUUCUGUCUUACGCAACGUUUCAACAACACACAAGAGUACCGUGCAAAAGUCUGAACCGUGGUAUCGAACACAUACUGUACACUUUGUAGGAUCACACUAAAUACAGGCCAUAUACCAAAUAAAGCACAUACAGAGGCGGCACAGUAUUCACCAAGGUGGGGCUUUGGUGAGAAUCCACAUACAAGUGCAGGUUGACUUCCUUUAGAGAUACUCUAUUUAGUCCAGACAGGCUGGCCCAAAGGUUCUGACUCGGGACGAAGAGAAGAGCAUAGAUCUUUGAUAAGCAUUCCUAAAGUCGCUCCGGAAAAACAAAAGAGAGCUGUGGCCAUAUAAAUGAUCUUUGACCAGCAUUUUUACAGUAAGUUCAUAAAAACAGGUCAUAUAACGGAUCUUUGACAAGUGUUUUUGCAGCAGAAUACUCUGAUCACAUAAAAUAUCUUCAGAAGAUUCUGGUCCUGUCAUACAGAGGAUCUUUGAUUCGGAUUUUUUGAAAGCCGAUUACUAAAAACAGCAGAUCGUUCCUGUCAAAUCUUUGACUACAAUUUUUGAAAUAGAUCAUUUACAGCAGCAGACCACUCCUGUCAAUAUUUACAUAUCAUAGGUCUACAUAUUACAGGUGAUCUUUGACCAGCGCUUUUGCAGGCGAUUCCUAAAAACAGCAAAGCACUCAAUUUUUGACAUGUGUCACAUAAAGGAUUUUUGACAAGCUUUUCCCCCCUAAACACAGCAAAGUGUCCUGUCAUAAAGAGGAUCUUUGAUUGGCAUUUUUUAACCUGAUUACUAAAAACAGCAGAGCAUUCCUGUUAGUUUUAGUAUCUUUGACUACAAUGUUUGCAAACCCCUCCUGUCUAUAUUUACAUAUCUAUAUGUUUCCACAGUAUGUAUAUUACAGUAGAUUUUUGAGAAGCGGUUUUGCAGUCGAUUCCUAAAAACAGCAAAGUACUCCUGUUUACACAGAUGAUUUUUCACUCGUGUGUUCUCUUGUCACAUAAAGGAUCUCUGACAAGCCUUUUCCCCCUAAAAACAGCAGAGUGGUCCUGUCAUAAAAAGGAUCUUUGACUGGCAUUUUUUAAGCUGAUUACUAAAAACAGCAGAGCAUUCCUGUCAGAUAUAGUAUCUUUGAAUACAAUGUUUGCAAACCCCUCCUGUCUAUAUUUACAUAUCUAUAUGUUUCCACAGUAUGUAUAUUACAGUAGAUUUUUGAGAAGCGGUUUUGCAGUCGAUUCCUAAAAACAGCAAAGUACUCCUGUUUACACAGAUGAUUUUUCACUCGUGUGUUCUCUUGUCACAUAAAGGAUCUCUGACAAGCCUUUUCCCCCUAAAAACAGCAGAGUGGUCCUGUCAUAAAAAGGAUCUUUGACUGGCAUUUUUUAAGCUGAUUACUAAAAACAGCAGAGCAUUCCUGUCAGAUAUAGUAUCUUUGAAUACAAUGUUUGCAAACCCCUCCUGUCUAUAUUUACAUAUCUAUAUGUUUCCACAGUAUGUAUAUUACAGUAGAUUUUUGAGAAGCGGUUUUGCAGUCAGUUCCUAAAAACAGCAAAGCACUCCUGUUUACACAGAAGAUUUUUGACUCGUGUGUUCUCCUGUCACAUAAAGGAUCUCUGAAAAGCCUUUUUCCCUUAAAAACAGCAGAGUGGUCCUGUCAUAAAGAGGAUCUUUGACUGGCAUUUUUAAAGCUGAUUACUAAAAACAGCAGAGCAUUCCUGUCAGAUAUAGUAUCUUUGAAUACAAUGUUUGCAAACCCCUCCUGUCUAUAUUUACAUAUCUAUUUGUUUCCACAGUAUGUAUAUUACAGUAGAUUUUUGAGAAGCGGUUUUGCAGUCAGUUCCUAAAAACAGCAAAGCACUCCUGUUUACACAGAUGAUUUUUCACUCGUGUGUUCUCCUGUCACAUAAAGGAUCUCUGAAAAGCCUUUUUCCCUUAAAAACAGCAGAGUGGUCCUGUCAUAAAGAGGAUCUUUGACUGGCAUUUUUAAAGCUGAUUACUAAAAACAGCAGAGCAUUCCUGUCAGAUAUAAUAUCUUUGACUACAAUGUUUGCAAACCCCUCCUGUCUAUAUUUACAUAUCUAUAUGUUUCCACAGUAUGUAUAUUACAGUAGAUUUUUGAGAAGCGGUUUUGCAGUCCAAUUCCUAAAAACAGCAAAGCACUCCUGUUUACACAGAAGAUUUUUGACUCGUGUUUUCUCCUGUCACAUAAAGGAUCUUUGACAAGCUUUUCUUUCCCUGAAACCCUAAAAAUAGCACACGGCUCCUGUCGUAAAUAUCUUUUCUAUCUUAAAAAAAUAUAUAUCUUAAAAACAGCAGGUUGCUCCUCUCAUUUUGAGGAUCUUUGACUAGCGUAUUUUGUUUUUGUUGGUCUUGAUGGACGUCUGCGUGAUAAUAGCAUUACUACCACCAGUGCUUUUACACAGUACCCUGCCCAGAGCCACAAACACAAGGGUCAGUGAACGCAACAUGUGUGUUUUUCACAAACACAUGGGUCAGUGAACGCAACACGUGUGUUUUUCAGAGCUUUAUGCAGCAUUCAUCGACGCAUCACAGAGGCUUUUUGACUCCCUGCUACUCUAAAUGUUUCUUCAACAAAAAAUGGCAGUGAGAAGAAAUUAAAUUAUAGGGAGGGGGUGAGAAUUCCUGUGAAUACAAAUGUAAUAUUAAAUCAGUUUAUUAUAUUAUUGCCUUCAACAGUGGAAUGUUUUUUCCUCCUUCUCUGUGCGCCUAUUUUGUAAUCUUUUUUUUCGUUUUUGGUAAUGAC